AUAAGAUAUCUUAUUUGGACAAAGAUGCUUGGAAGAGUAGCGCAUAAAUAUGUCAGAAGAGGGUUUAUAGUGAAAAAUAAAUUAAGAUUAGGACAGAAAAAUAACAGAGUUAAUAAUGCAUCUUUAACUCAUGACUUAGGAGAAAAAUUAGGAUUUAAACUUGCUAGCAAUAGCAACAAGAAUUAUAGAGUAUAUCCAUUCUUCUAUAUUCUUUCAUUUUUUAUUCUGAGAAAAUAUAUCAAAGGCGUUUAUCAUUUAAUUAUCGAUGUCAAGGAUUUUAUUGAGUCAGCUCCAAAGGAUAUCCAAGACAAGUUUGACUUCAUGAAAUUUUAUCAAGGAGAGACUAACAUUUAUAGCAAACUUACCAAUGAACAACUUGAAGCACUCAACAAGCACAGUGAGAUACUAAUUACUCGAACUGAGGUUAUCUUGGACAGAAAGAUUAUGCUCUUCAUGCCUGUUGCUUUCUGUGGGCUAUUACUACACCUAAAUUACUUCAAUAUAAAAGGCUGGAGAGUCCUGCCAGUGGUCACUUUCAGCCUAUGAUUUCUAGUAUCUUCAUUCAUCUCAUUCCUUAUUCAUAAAAAGAGGCCUGACGUUUUGGAAAUACUAGAUGAAUGAAAGAGAGUCAAUGAAGAGACCAAUGAAGUUAAAAGAGGCAGGAAUUUACCUUAAAUUUGCGGAUUCAAUUUAAAGAAA